UAUUAGGAAGCAGUGCAUUAAUGGUUAAGUAGAUAUCAGAUUUGACUUCCGUGGAUUAGUGGUAGGUAAAGAUUUAGGAUCAACUAGGGUUAGUUAGAAUUUUUGUAAGUAGAAUGUGAUAGCAGGCUUAACCAGUGUUUAUUGGGUUAUUGGUAGGUAGAGAUUCAGUGGCGUAGGAAGUGGGGUGCGGAAAAUUAGGGGGGUGGGGGAUCCGCCACGGGUGACACUAUUGUUUUCUUUAAGGAUGGCUCGCAUUUUCGGUCAACUGCAGUUUUUCUUCGUGGAAGGGGCAAGCAAACUCUUGACCCACCCCGAGCGCGCUUACCCUAGAAACGCCACUGUAAAAAUGAGGAUUAAAUAGGAUUGAGUAGAUUAUCUGCAAGUAGAUUUGAGAAUAUCUUCAGCAUCCGAGAAUUUGAUUAUCCACAGUUAUUAUCUAACUUCGAUUCUGAAACAUAAUUACAUUAUUAUUAUUCAGUCAAAACAACGUUUCGUAUCGCCAUCAUGAUAUUUAAUUGCAGCUCUUCUUUCUCUCGAAUUUUCGUUCCCCCAACAGCUUAGAGACGUAUGACCUAGCUUUAAAGUUUUUCACAAAGUGCUAUGUUAUUACUUGAUAUUAUGACUCAUCUGUUCAAACUUGCAUUCCUUUUGUUCGUACUCCGUUAUCCACCACUUGCUGAUCUUGUGUCAUAUGUUUUCGUCUAUAAAACCAAAUGCCUCAAGUUGUGCACAAAAAUAUUUAUUCAAUCAAAUACAGUCGUGUAAAAUACAACUGAGAAGGAGGCGAAGGAACUCAUUUAAGAGAUUUACCCAUAACAACUUUUAAAAAGGGUAUAAUUAGUAUACUUAGUGCGUUCUCCUGUGGACAGUAUGCUACAAAAUUGUUUUCAUUUGCGGCAAUUUCUGGGAAUUUUAGCAAAAUUCACACUACCACACACAUCUUGGGAAAAGGAGCAAAAAGCCCAUUCGACAUAGUUCAUCUAAUAUAAUUAUUAUAAUUCUUAGCUUGAUUAGAUUUGCUUCCUGGUUGCCCAUUUUAUUUGUAAGUCCAAUUUAUUUGUUUUAUGUUUUGAAAUAUGUUUUUCCCCGCGCAAUUUGUCUUUUAGUUUAUUGUAUUAUUUCAAUGUUUUUUUCCAUACUUGUUCAUAUCUUGAUCUGAUUAGUUUACGUUAUUUGGUCAAUCUCAAGUCCCAAACUUGUUGAGAUAUUAAGCCAUCCUCUUAGCCAUGAAACUCGGAGGGUAUUCGCCUAAAAAACAUUGAAAGUCCGUUUAUAGGCUACUAUAUGUUUGUAUUUUGCCCAUGUAUUGGUCAAUUCGACAUAACCUCGAUAUGUUGGCUGCAGCCUCGUGUUCAUUGUCUGUGAAAAAUGUGCAUUCCUGUAGGUCACCUUGUGGCCCGUUGUGACAAGUUGAGGCUGGGUGGCCCGUUGUGACAAGUUGAGGCUGGGUGGCCCGUUGUGACAAGUUGAGGCUGGGUGGCCCGUUGUGACAAGUUGAGGCUGGGUGGCCCGUUGUGACAAGUUGAGGCUGCUGGAGACUUUGUCAAAUUUCUUCCACCGUAAAUCCACCCUUGGAAACCCUUGUCAAAUAAUACCAUUCCUCCCCUCUGUUUCGCCCCGCAGUGGCAUAGCCCGAGUGACUUCCCUUUGUGUUAUCGCAUUCCUACGCCAGAUCGUUCACCCCAAAAGCGUGGAUUUUGUGUUCAAUCCCUCUCACCGAUACGUUUGAGAAAAUAAUACCCUUCCUGCCCACAGUUUUUCCCUUGCUCUAAUCCGCCUUUCGCUAGAAGCCAAAAGUACCAGAAGAUGACUACAAUUUUAAAAUUGUAGAAUAAAGUUGUCUUAUUUUAGCCUACUUUCUCCGCUAGUCAGCCUUUCGCUAGAAGCCAAAAGUACCAAUGAGAUUACCUCAAUUAUAUUCUGGUAGAAUAUAGUUGUCUGAUUGGAACCAGCUUUCUCCGCCAGUGCUUUUUCAUAACAAGGCUUUCGCAAGACACACAAAAUUGACCAGCUGCUUCAAAUGACGCUUGAGUUGGUCUUCGUUUUUUAAGCAGUGGUGGAGGUAGUCGUUGAAGCUACGAAGACUGCAUUAAGCGUAGGAGCGGACAAGCUGUAAAUCCCAAUGUGGCUGUCUUAUAAGCAGCAUUGUCUCAGUUAUCUCCAUGCUGGCAUCUGCUACAUAGCACUUCAUUAUUGUCAUGUAGUGUCCAUUUAAAAGACAUGCUUGUAUGCAGUCUCCUAAGGGAAAAGAUUCCAGUGUGCCGUGUCCAUUGUAUUUCUAACAUUGCCAUAACCUUCAACAUCGGGCAGUUCGGUCUCGUUUAACAGAGGAAAAACAAGAUCAAAUCGACUUCAAACAUUUCUACUGUGACAUUGAACUUUUAAGAAAGUUUAAAUUUAUAUAUUUUAAUUUUUUUUUUUUUAAAUCUCCCCAGGGUUUAAAUAUUGCAGCACGAUGGAUCCUCUGUCAGUAAGUAGAAUCAUACGAUGAAAAGAUUAUAGUUAUUUAUGUAUUUAAAAAUCAAACAACACUUUUGAUGGAAGUAGAUUAAUUUUUUUUUUUAAAUACAUUACACAAAUAAAAGUAAUAGUUAUUGAAAGAAAAUAAUUUAUGUCAUCAUGCAGAAUUUAUUUAUAGUUUUAUAUUGAAAUAUGCUACUAAAUUUUGUUGUAAAAUUAUGAGAAAACACACUAAAUUAACACACACACACAAACGCACUAACAAUUUAUGCAAAUAUGUAUACAUUGUUUGUUUGUGAAUGCAGAAAGCACUGAAAAGAACCAUAGACUUUCACGACACGGCGGGCAUACAUGACGCUGCCGGAAAGCUUGUUCCCUUCUGCCGUCUGCCGAACGGUAGACUUUUCCCGCCGUUCGGGGAGCAGUACAUCAACAACGUUAAGACGACCAAGCUGAGACCAGACGACAUUUUUGUUUGUGGCUACCCCAAGUCAGGUAGAAUAACUCUUUUAGAAAUAUAUUUUUAGGGAACUGAUUCUGAUCAAAUGUGCAUGCAAACUGUUUAGAGGAGUGAAGAGUUGGCACCACCAAAACCCCAGAGAAAACGGCUCACUAGCAGACUUGGGCUUAGAUGGAUGGAUGGAUGGAUAGAUGGAUGGGUGGAUGAUGUGGAAAAGGAUCUACAUCAUCUGGGAAUCCAAGCAUGGAAAAGAAAUACAUUAGUAAAUUCUGAGUGGAAGUAAGGGGUGAAGCGGGCCGAAGCCCUACUUCAUCUGUAAUGGCCCAUGGAUGAAUGCAAAUAAUGUAAAUAAAUUACUCCUGCUAUAAAGUCACUUAAUUACAGUUUUUGUUUUGACCAUUCGUCAUCACUUCCUUUUAUAGCUUUUCGUUUUUUUUAAAUUUUCACACGCUGCCAACGAACCUAUAAGCACCCUAAUGUUUUAUUUGUAAAGGUUGUCACUGGACAUGGGAGAUAAUGGUAAUGAUACUCAAAGGCAAACCCGAGUACUCCAAGAUAGGAAAAGUGGAAACAAUGCUAGAGCUUGCCUCUCCUGAACUUCCUGCCGCGGUUCCUUCCCCUCGUAUCCUCAACACACACGUCUGGUAUGAGGAGUUGCCUGAUGAGGUGUGAAACUGUCAUUCAUUUUGGGAAGUUUUAGGUUCCAUUUUUCAUAUCGUCGCUGUAAAGAUUUUAGUUAGUUUCAGCAUCUUUACAGCAAAAGUUUGUGUAAUUUAAAGCCACUUUACAACGUGUAGACGGACAUAUUUUCACACUAACAUUCUUAAACUUCUUUUAGGUAAACAUUCAAAAAAACUUUAGUUUUUAAUUAGUUUUCAUUAGAUUUAGGUUUCAUUUAAUUAUUUUGUAUUUAGUAACGUCAGUUUCACCAUUACUUUUGAAUAAGUCUUGUUUUCCUGAACUAACAAAAUUCAAAUAUUUAUAACUAAUAAAACAAUAAAGCUGGUUUAAGAAAGAGUCUACAAACCUUUCAAGUAUAAAGAAACAUGGGCUAAUUCAGUAUGUAAAAUUGCUGAAACUGUUUAUUAUUAGGCUAAAUAUUGUUGUAAUUAUUAUAAUAUUAGUUUCCACCUUUCAAAAUGAGUGAGACGAUGAUUGCUACGUACCGCUAUAAUGCGUAGAGAAUUGUAUCUCUUACUUUACGAUAUGGCUCGUGACAAUCAGUACAUAACAAAGGACGAUACCAUUAAUUAAAUACAGUAAUGAAGAACGAUAACUAAAACUAGUGCUAUGUAAAAAUAAUACUUUAUUAAAGCUAAUUUUAAAAUUACCCAAUCAAAUAAAAAAUAACUAUUUACUUACAGAACAGCAAUGAACGUGUACCCGUACAAUGUUGGGAAGGUGCACAUAGAUAUAUUUAUAGAUUAUACAAAUCUACGAUCAGUGCAGUAUGUCAGUCUAUUAGUCUCGCUCACGUAUCGCAAUCAGAAAUCGUUGUCUCGAGGUUUCGCGGUCUCUCUCUCUCUCUCUCUCUCUUUCUCUCUCUCUCUCUCUCUGUCCGUGGAUCGGCUUAUUUAUAGUCUUUCAUUGAGACUAUUCCAGAAAAGUUCCGGACGCAUUCUAUCUGUACCUGGGGCCGUCUUAAAAAAUUCUACCAAACUCCACUAAUUGAUGCGUUUACAUGUAGUCAAGGGAGACAAUUUAUAAUAAGGCAACACCCCUUUAGUCGCCAAACUUGGGGUCACUCAGAGCUCAUGCACGAGAAAAAUGACGUAAACAUACAUUAAAUUAAACACGUCAAGAUUUGACAACAAUGAUGAAGAUACUUUAUUUUAGGCAGUCUCUAAAAUUGCAAAUGCCGAUUCUGCAGUGACAGCCUCGUCUGCACUCCUCGCAGUAGAACCUUGACAGAUGAUUUUCUCUCGAUUUCCGCAUGGCUUUUUUUGUUGCUACAAUUUCUUUUUUUGUUUGUGUGUGCUUAUCUUAAGCUUGCUGGAAUUCCAUGGUAAUGGCUAUUCGCCAUGCAGUCGGAAGGGUGAUAAGCGAUACUCUUCAAAUCGCCAUUUUCGAUGUUGGCUUCCCCCAUUGUUUAUUAUUCAUAUAAAGACCAAAUGAAAACAAAAGAUGAAGAGAAUACAACAAAAAAAAUUAAAAAUUAACACAUCAUGACGUGUUUAAACCAACAUGUGACAGAGUUUAAGAUUGAUGUACAAUUUCAGAUUAAGAAAUACAACAACAAAAUUGUCCUUACCACGAGAAACCCCAAGGACACGGCCGUCUCCCACUACAACCACCACAUCAACAUGCCGCACAUCUACCACUACGACGGCAAGUUCAACGACUGGGUGCUGCUGUGGAUCGAGGGAUUGAGUCAGUAACAUGUGACAAGAAAAUCAAAUGAUCUGCGUGAAUAAGAUUAAUACAUGGAUUAGAUUUAUACAGGGAUGAGAUUUAUACAGGGAUGAGAUUGAUACAUGGAUGAGAUUUAUACAGGGAUGAGAUUUUUACAGGGAUGAGAUUUAUACAGGGAUGAGAUUUAUACAGGGAUGCAAUUGAUAUAGCAAUGAGAUUGAUACAUAGGUGAGAUUGAUACAUGGAUGAGAUUGAUACAUGGAUGUGACUUAUACAGGGAUGAGAUUGAUACAUGGAUGAGAUUGAUACAUGGAUGAGAUUGAUACAUGGAUGAGAUUGAUACAUGGAUGGGAUUAAUAAAUGGAUGUGAUUGAUACUGUAAUGAGAUUAAAACAGGAAUGAGAUUGAUACACGGAUUAGAUUUAAACAUGGAUGAGAUUUAUAAAUGGAUGAAAUUCAUGCAGGGAUGAGAUGUAUACAGGGAAGAGAUUUAUACAUGGAUGACAGUUAUACAGGGAUGAGAUUUAUAAAUGGAUGAGAUUUAUACAUGGAUGAGAGUUAAACAGGGAUUAGAUUUAUACAUGGAUGAGAUUUAUACAGGGAUGAGAUAUAUACAGGGAUGAGAUGGAUACAUGGAUGACAUUUAUUUAUAGAUGAGAUUUAUACAGGGAUGAGAUUUAUACAUGGAUGACAUUUAUUUAUAGAUGAGAUUUAUACAUGGAUGACAUUUAUUUAUAGAUGACAUUUAUACAUGGAUGACAUUUAUUUAUAGAUGAUUUUAUACACGGAUGACAUUUAUUUAUAGAUGAUAUUUAUACACGGAUGAAAUUUAUUUAUAGAUGAUAUUUAUACAUGGAUGACAUUUAUUUAUAGAUGAGAUUUAUACAUGAUUGACAUUUAUUUAUAGAUGAGAUUUAUACAUGGAUGACAUUUAUUUAUAGAUGAGAUUUAUACAUGGAGGACAUUUAUUUAUAGAUGAGAUAUACAUGGAUGACAUUUAUUUAUAGAUGAGAUUUAUACAUGGAUGACCUUUAUUUCUAGUUGAGAUAUACAUGAAUGACAUUUAUUUAUAGAUGAGAUUUAUACAUGUAUGACCUUUAUUUAUAUAUAAGAUUUAUACAUGGAUGACAUUUAUUUAUAUAUGAGAUUUAUACAUGGAUGACAUUUAUUUAUAAAUGAGAUUUAUACAUGGAUGUCAUUUUUGUAUAGAUGAGAUUAUACAUUGAUGACAUUUAUUUACAGAUGAGAUUUACACAUGAAUGACAUUUAUUUAUAGAUGAGAUUUAUACAUGGAUGACAUUUAUUUAUAAAUGAGAUUUAUACAGGGAUGACAUUUAUUUAUAGAUGAGGUUUAUACAGGGAUGAGAUUUAUAAAUGGAUUUAACAUUUUGAGAAAAAUUGCUUGAUUGACCAACAGAAAAUGGGUUUAACCUUUGACCUUCGUAUUAGUCCCUUGGUAAGAACAGAAAGGUAUAGAAGGUCAUUUAUUCCACAGUCUGUAAAUAUUUACCCAGCGUGCUUCCAAGUCAAGUAGACAAUAGCAAAAUGGUUAAUAAGUCCAUGCAAGGAUGUUCACUGGAGACACUUGUUUGAUGACUGAAGAUUGAUGGUCUGAAUGUUUAAGAAACAUGCAUGAUAAAUAAAGCAAGUAAUAACCAUGCAAUUUACCUGCAAAUUUCCAGCCCCCCCCCCCCCAAUUAACGUUGUCGGCCAUCUUGUUUUUUUCCCCAGCUGACUACGGGGGAUUUGUGGAGUUCCAUCAGAAAUGGGACACAGCCAUCCGGGAUGACCCCAAGCCCCCCAUCCUGGUGGUCAACUAUGAAGAGAUGAGAGAGGUCAGCAACAAGCCAAUUAACUGUUUUAUUGUUGGUUUGUGGUGGUCCAUUUAAGUCAACUGGAAAGCAAAUGAAUUUAAAACAGUGUAAUAAUGUAAUUAUAGUCCAUAUUUUUUCUGGGGGGGGGGGAGGGUGGGGGAAGGGGGGUUGGAACGGGUGCAGAGGGCAGUGAUCUGCCCCAAGCUACACGUCUUUUGUUAAAUUGAGAGGUGACAUUUUCUCUAAAUGGAAGAGGUGUUUUUAAGUGGAACAAUUUUAUGCCCGCAUCGGGCUGCUCGGACCCUGCUUCAGUGCAUCUCCUCAUCCCUUGGGACACAUUUUUGUACAUCCUAACUUUAUAUUAAUACAUAAUUUGUCACUUCAUAUAUUUUAACGGAAUCCCCCCCCCCCCAUUUUUUGCUUGCCUCCUCCAACUGCGUCACCAUUUGAUACCCUCACCACUGGAAAUAGAUCUUUGUCUUCUAAAAGUACUCCAAAUACAUCUAAUUAAUAAAAGAAAUACUUUAAUUAUUUAAAAAAAAUAUAUUUUAGAACCUUGAACCAACAGUCCGAAAGUUAGCUGAAUUCCUUAGUGUGACCUUGACCGAGCAACAAAUCCAGGAAAUCACAGAAGCUGCUGACUUCAAUACGAUGAAGGAAAAAUUCAAAGGACUUCCUACUGAAGUGUUGAUAAGAAAAGGUAAAGUCAAUGGGAUUUCCCAUUUUUCGUAUAGUAAUAAUAACAAUAAUAAUAAUAAUAUAUAUAUUACAGAAUUGAAUAAAAUAUUCCAUGCCGUAUGUAUUUGUGUAAAAGUUACUCUUUGUUUUUUUUACAAAACAAAUUAAUUAAAUCUUAGGGGUGAAACGCAUCCACUUGAUUUCAGUUCCACUUACUGGCAUUCAGUAAGAUGUGGUCAUUAAUACGUACAGUCCAAGAACUGUCGUCUCCCUUGCUAUAGCUUACGCUUAAGCAGAGGGCGAUCCUUUUUUAAAAAAAAAAUGGUUUAUGAAAGCUCACGUUGUUUAUGACAUAGUUUAUGGCAUAUUUUAUGACGUAGUUUAUGACGUAGUUUAUGACGUAGUUUACAUGACGAUUGCUUGGCAGUUUUCAAGUUGUUCUGGAAACAAUUUUGUGACCCAUGUUUCACAAAAUAUAAGUUACUAGCUGGGGCAUAGCAACCAUUUGGCUGGGGCAUAGCAACCAUUUGGCUGGGGCAUAGCAACCAUUUGGCUGGGGCAUAGCAACCAUUUGGCUGGGGCAUAGCAACCAUUUGGCUGGGGGCAUAGCAACCAUUUGGCACGUUUACAAUACAGGGAGUAGGUGCAUAAUCUAUAAUAAUAAAUUCAGAUGGACCACCAUUUGUCCUGUCCUUAUCGUGUCGUCAUACUAUUUCUCUCAUAAACUUUUUUUUUUUUUUUGGUCGACCCAUGACUGAGAAAAUACUUCAGAUGGCGCUAGAAUAAUUAUAACCUAUCUAAACGUGUGACCUUUGCAAUGUUCUGACCUACCUGUAAAUCAAUUUUACUACCGGCGACUCACGUGACUGUGUUCCUUGUACAUGUAAAUCAAGUCUAUGACCGAACUCUCACGUGACUUUGUUUCAUAUACUUGAACCGCUAGACUUUGACUGGUCUCUCACGUGUAAUUACAUACUUGUAUUUACAUUAUACUUAUAUCACUGGUCACUCACGUUACUUUAUAUCUUAUCACUACAAAUAUAGUCUUUGACUGACCCUCCACGCGACUGUGUUUCUUGUACCUGUAUGUUAAGUCUUAGGCUGGCCACUCAAGUGACUGUGUUUCUUGUACCUGUAUGUUAAGUCUUAGACUGGCCACUCAAGUGACUGUGUUUCUUGUACCUGUAUGUUAAGUCUUAGGCUGGCCACUCAAGUGAUUUUGUUUUGUGUACAUGUAUGUUAAGUCUUAGACUGGCCACUCAAGUGACUGUGUUUCUUGUACCUGUAUGUUAAGUCUUAGAUUGGCCACUCAAGUGACUAUGUUUCUUGUACCUGUAUGUUAAGUCUUAGACUGGCAACUCAAGUGAUUGUGUUUCUUGUACCUGUAUGUUAAGUCUUAGACUGGCAACUCAAGUGACUGUGUUUCUUGUACCUGUAUGUUAAGUCUUAGAGUUGCCACUAAAGUGACUGUAUUUCUUGUACCUGUAUGUUAAGUCUUAGAGUGGCCACUCAAGUGACUGCAUUUCUUGUACCUGUAUGUUAAGUCUUAGACUGGCAACUCAAGUGAUUGUGUUUCUUGUACCUAUAUGUUAAGUCUUAGACUGGCAACUCAAGUGACUGUUUCUUGUACAUGUAUGUUAAGUCUUAGAGUGGCCACUAAAGUGACUAUUUCUUGUACCUGUAUCUUAAGUCCUAGACUGGCCACUCAAGUGACUGUGUUUUUUGUACCUGUAAGUUAGGUCUUUGACUUGCCCCUCACGUGACUGUGUUUCUUAUACUUGCAGGUCAAGUUGGUGACUGGAAAAACUGGUUCACUGUAGCAUCGAGUGACGCAAUCGACAAGUGGAGACCGGAUCUUGAUAAGACUCUUUUCAAAUUCCGCUACUUGCUGUGACGUAUAUGACUCAUAAUUUUGGACCAAUAGUCAAUAAAUAGUAAAAAUAGUAGUCGAUAAAUUUCCUCAAGGAACUAAACCUGGACGCUUUACUUGUUGGUUAAGAUAAAUUUUACUAUUAUAAGGGUGACGAAACAAAGUUAUUAGUUUUGUGUAUGUAAUAGAAAUGAAACAAACAAGUGAAAUUUUAUCAUAGGAAAUGUUAACUUACUUAAAUAUAAACAGAAAAGAUUCAAGUGUUUCUCAUUUACACUUGUCAAAUUAUACGUUACUAAUACGUCACUUCAUUCAGAUCUAUUUUAUCCAUUCAAUUCUUGAGAGCUAUUGAAAUAUUGUGCGAAACUAAUCUCUUCGAAAGAAGAUUACUCGGACGAAAUGAAAUUUUGUUAAGAAUGAUUUUUAAAAAAUACUUUGAACAGGGGAUAUUUGAGUGAGAAAUUGA